AUGGGGGACUCGUCGGACAGGGGCUCCGCUAGUGACUCCCAGUGGAGCGACUCCCUGACGGGGGACUCCCUCACCGGGGCGACCCUGGCUGCUGGCUACCCCUCCACGUGGAGAUCGGCGCGCAUCAAAAAGGGGGAAGCACGGGAGACUCCCCUGCCACCUCGCACAGCACCCCCAUCGCGCACAGUACACCCAUCGCGGCUUCUUCACAGCUUGGAAGGCAAAUUUUCCACGUCUAGGAAGAAUGCCGAAGGGAGGAUCUUCAAAUACGUGUGGAUGGACGAAGAUGAGUUGAAGGGAGAAUCAACUGAGGAGGGGGAGGAAGAAGGAGAGUACAAAUACGUUUACCAAACGAGGUUCAGCAGACACGGUUUGUUUGGAUCAAACGUUGAUGAGUAUUCGCUGUGCAGCGGGGAUGUGAAGCAGCGGAGAAGCGGCGCCAAGGAGGCGUACAAAGUACUGAGCGCGCCCAACUUGGUGGACGACUUCUACCUCAACUUAGUGGACUGGUCCAGACAAAACGUAAUCGCCGUGGGGCUGCGCGACAAGUUGUGCGUGUGGAAUGAAGGUACCUCGAGAGGAGAAGAAGUAUUCACAUUAAAAAGGAAAAAAAAGAAAAAAAAAAGAAAAAAAAAAAAAAACCAAAAUGACAAAAAAAAAAAAAAAAACAUCACAUCAUUAAGGUGGAACCUGUUUGGCAACCACUUAGCUGUUGGAUUAUCAAACGGGGCCGUCCAAAUUUGGGAUCUCGAAAAAGAGGUGAAGAUACGAAAGUAUAGGAAUCACAAGAGAAGAGUUGGAGCACUCGACUGGCACUACAACACGUUAUCCACUGGAAGUAGGGACAAUAAAAUCGUCUCCUUAGACAUCAGAUGCAGGGAAAGCAGCUACGCUCAGUUGAGUAAUCAUUCUUCGGAAGUCUGUGGCCUUCUAUGGAAUUAUAAAACGAAGCAACUGGCUUCCGGGUCGAAUGACAACUCAGUGUGCAUUUGGGAAGAGAGAAAAUGGGCUCCUCUCUUUCAAUUUACCAAACAUACCGCUGCAGUGAAAGCCAUGAGCUGGUCUCCUCAUCAACACAACUUGCUUGCUACUGGGGGGGGCUCUGCUGAUAAGCACAUUUUCUUCUGGGACACCUCCACGGGGGAAUGCCUUAAUGAGCUGGCCACAAGUUCGCAGGUUUCUAACCUCUUCUGGUCCAAGCACAGUGAGGAGUUGGUGUCUACCCACAGCUACUCACUCGGCCAGGUUGUUCUGUGGAAGUACCCGCGGCUGCAAAAAGUGUCGACGCUCAGCGGGCACGCGCUGCGUGUGCUGUACGGCGCGCUCAGUCCGGACGGCGAAUCCCUCGUCACGGGCUCGCCCGACGAGACGCUGCGCCUCUGGCGGGUCUUCCCCAGGGGGAGCGGUCUGGGGAGCGGUCUGGGGAGCGGCCUGCAAAACUGCCCGCGAAGCUGCCCGCAAAAUUGUCUUGACAACCGCCGCUCACCAAAUCACCCGCCGCACGAGCGCCCCUUCUCAAACUGCUAUGAACAAGUCAGGUGA